AUGCCGUCCAAACGGGCCAAACGGGGUUCUAAUGCACCCAAGGCCCCAUGGGGCCCCCGGGGGAAGCUUCUGCGGGGUGGCCCUCAAAACAUGGGAUCUUACUCAACCGAGUUCUCUAUGAAAGACGAGGCAAAACAUACGGUGUCACAUCAGGCUUCUUGGGGUACGGGUGAUGCCAAACUUCGGCAACGGCCAAUCACCUUUGUUAGUGCCGGCGUCGUCGAACCUCUAAAGGAAGAAAGCGUUUCGACCGAUGCCGCCGAUCCUAGUAUAACGAAAGCUUCUUCCCAUGAUGCCACGAAAAUGGACCCAGCCGAUGACGAGGCCAGCCAUGCCGUAGACAUCGAUGCAGUGGCGACUAAGAUCGAAAUUGGGACCGAGAUCACGGUCGAACGCACUGCCGAAGCAACGGCCGAGAGUAUUAUUGGAGCUACCGGCCAGGAUGCUAUUGUUGUCAGGGAAUCUACCCAGCAUUGCCAUGUUGGCAUCUCGGAGCGCACGCCAGGACCCGUGGGGGCUGAAGGGGAAGACUUUUUUGUUUUCGACCUCGCAGAGAACGACGACAACCCUGUGCCGGGCUCCUUUAUCCCCCCUCCUAGAAUACCAAGCCCGAAACCGUCGCUUGCGGAGUCUGAUUCUAGCGAAGAGGUCAUUUUGUUUAAAGGACGGACGGCGGGCGACCGUAGCGCGACUCCAGUUAAUAAGCCCUUUCGGGAUCGGAUUGUGGAUGCAGCGAGUCCCCGUGGAUCAAGCGAGCCGAAAGCCGAGGUCACUACGGGCGCUCCUCGUUGGCGAGGUUCCCAAAGGGGAGGGGCUUCGGGGCCAUGCCCCGUUACCCGCACUCAGAGGCAACCUCGUUCCCGCCGCAAUUCAAAAAAGAAUCGGAAGCCCCACUCAUAUGAAGAGGAAGAUGACGAUGGCACCGACAACGAUGCCAUUCUUGCAGACUACAUCGCCAAUAUGGCCGCCGACUCUGAUGAUGACAUACUGGCAAGCCCCUUCGCCUCUCUUGGCGGUCACCGGGACCUUGGCGAUGACGAUGGCGCGGUCGAUUUCGGGGAUACAAACACAAAAUCACCGCUUGACGACGACUUGUCUGGUGGAGAGCAGGGACUCACGGCUUCCGGCACUAGCGAAGACGAGAUGGACAACAAUGAGGAUCUCGAGCUUGACGAUGAAGCUCUCGCCCACCUCCUUGCCAAACAGGAGGACCUCGGCAUGGGAAGCGAUGAAUUGAUGCUAUUUUCGGGCGCUUUCACAAGUGCGAGACAGCUGAGAGGUACACAGUCAUCCAGCAAACGCCCUGGUUGGGGACUUCAUCAACUCGCCAGCGCCACCCAGGUUGCGGAUGCUUUAGAUAACUUGGACAUCGCCGACUGGAACCAGCUGCCUGGACAGCGGAGCGGGCGAAAGAACAAGCAGCCACCUAACUUCAAUGUGUCAGACUCAGAUAUUGAAGCCGCGCUGAACAGUGCCUGGAACCGAGAUCGGGAGCGAAAGAAACAUCGCAGGAUGGAACGAGAAGCCCUCCGCGCCGAGGGUAUGCUUGGUACAAAGGCUGAUCCUAGUGACCUACGUGUAAAGUAUCCGUCAGGCAUGAGGUUGGACGAUAUGAAAGCCGAGCUCGUCCUCUUUCUCGUAGGCUCUGCAGAUCGGCUCGACUUCCCUCCCCUGGACAAGCACGCGCGCAAGGUUCUCCACGAGGUGGCAAACAAGUUCAACGUCAAGUCACAGUCUACUGGAAAAGGUGACCAACGCCGUCCCGUUCUCUACCGAACCAACCGAACAGUUCGAUACACGUCCACCACCUCUGUGGACGCAACGAAGCACGUCGAGCAAGCAACAAUGCGCAUUCAUCGCAAAUAUUUUCAUCGCGUCGACAAGGCUCAGGGGACUGGGACCCCCCGAGGUAGCAUGAUGGGCAACGCUGGAAAUCGAGCGGCGACUGGACAUAAAGCACUAACAUUACGUGAGGGAGAGAUUGUGGGAGCAUCGGUUCCGGAACUUAGCCAAGAAAACAAGGGGCGUACUAUGCUAGAGAAAAUGGGCUGGAGCAAGGGCAUGUCCCUCGGCGCGCUCGACAAUCAGGGCAUCCUCGAACCUGUCACCCAGGUCAUAAAGCGAUCCAAGGCUGGUCUGGGCUAA